AUGACUAAUCCCGCAUAUAAUGUGUAUGAUGAACUAAAAAAACUCUAUACUUAUGCAACCUCAGUUAUUAACGAAAAUGAGGGUAACAAAGCAAUUUUUGAACGAACAAAAUUGGAGUUAAAACUUACCUCAAAUUAUGCCGAAAAUAUUGACGACACAUUUCGAAAUGGAAGAUAUGAUUCUUUACCACUCGUUGUGGCUAGAGGUUAUGUCUAUGAGUAUGACAAUUUGGGGCAUCAUACAAAAUUAAAGACUAGAAAGGAUUUGAAAGAAUCAGGAACAACUGUACCUCAAGAAGCUUCUUUGAAAAGAAAAAGAAGCAUUGAUGACGAUAUUUCACCAAAUAAUUCAGAAAAAGUAAAUGAUUUGAAAAGGAAUACCGAGAUUAUCCAAACCUUACUUGGCUCAUCUGACAGUAGUAAACGCUCUAUAGGUUGGGGAGAUAGUGCUAUUCUAAGACAGCCUGCUUUAGAAUCGAGCCCUUCUUCAAAUAAGGCAUCUAUGGAUAGAAGCACAUCUCAGUGUAAUGAAUUCUUGAACCAAAAUAAGUUAGAAGAGUAUGGAUCACAAGUACAACCCCAGAAAAAUAAGAUGAUUCCAUUGCCCCAAGGUAAACCACAAAUUAUACCAACAACGAGGAAGUCAUUAGUUAUUGAUAAUGAACCUUUAGAUAAGCAAUCAAGGUCAACAACUCCAAAGUUCGCUGCACCAAUUUCAAUUGCUUCUAGUAAUACCGCUCUUACAAAAAUUUCAUCUAAUCCUAAUAAAGAGACUAGUACAGGAACUUUAGCAAGCAAGGCUCAUGUAGAAAGUUUAAAAAAACAUACUAAAGGAAUUAUCGUAGAUGCAUCAGCGAUUCCUGCUAUUGAAAACUCUCUAGAGCCUACCUUUCCCUUAGUAGAAAAUCCCAGAGCAAAUGCUUCCAAUAACACCUAUUCAGCUAAUAAUGUUAAUAAGGAACGUCAUUCUAAAAGGCAAAGCAAAUUAUCACCUAGUAAGAUAAACACCACAAAUACUGUUCGACAUGAUGUAGAAGAGGGCAAUACUCUCACUCAAAGGAAAGCUAAUAAUACCUCAAAUAACUUUACUGAACCUAAUAGUCACCGAGUUACUCAUCAAUCAAAUAUCCAGCACUCAAAUAUCUCCACAAUAAAUGCAUUAGAAUCUAAUUUUAACCAAACAAGUUCAAGUUGUGAUAAAAAUAAUAUAGUUUCAUCAACCGCAGAUUUUCAUACUUCUGAUCUUGCUUCAACGAGCCAAGAAAGCUCAGCGAACAAUGGAGAAAAGUCUUCUGAUGGUACUACUGAAUAUAUUCAGCACUUUUCUGAGCCUAUAGAAAGCAUUCCUGAAAAUUAUAUGGCAACUGUAAUGCCACCGAAUACUGAUCAGGGAAGCAAUGUGCAUCUCACUAAACGAAUAUAUCAAGAACCAGAAAUAAGAGUCAAAGAGGAGGAUGUUAAAUAUAUUUCUGUGUCAAAUAAUGGGCCUCAAAGAACUAUUAACAAUAAUGUAACUGCCCCUGGAAUAAUUCUAGAGAACUCACAAGAAAUUUAUCCAUCAUUGUAUCACUAUAAUGCUUCUCAAAGGACUUAUCAAACUGUUCAAGCCCUAUCGGUUCAUCAUCCACAACAUAUUGAAAAUACAUCAUCUACCGAUCUAGUUAAUUCACAAACAGGUAGAGUUCCGAAAAGUUUAAAAAGGCUUGGGGACCUAAUCAAGAAGUAUAAACUUGAUGAAUAG